GUGUCUCUUUCUCUACAAUGCAAGCUCAUCAGAAUGAUAAGGUGAGCAACUAUGUAAAUGAUGAUAUUGCAUUUUCCAUUCUAUCAAAACUCUCUUGGAAAUCUUUCAAGCGGUUUGAAUGCGUUCGCAAGUCAUGGUCUCUCUUAUCUGACGAUCCUACAUUCAUGAAUGUUUAUCGUCGCAAUUUCUUGCCCAAAUGUUCUUACGACGAUGACACAUCUCUAAUCCUACAUUUCGAUGGUCACGAGAAAUUGUAUUCUCUUUCCGGUGAGGGUUUUGAGACUACCGUCGAGUUAGAUUGGCAAGAUCAAAACCAAGACUGGAAAUUUCUUGAUUUUGGAUGUGUUAAUGGCAUACUUUGUUUUGAACAACCUAUUUGGCACAACAUUUUGUUUUGGAACCCAGCUACUCUUGAAUUCAAGUUCAUUCCUCCGAGCCCUUCGGAGUCAUUGUCAUCACUUUUGGCCCUUAAUUUUGAUGCUGAAGUUACUUUUACUAUUGAUCGUGAUCUUCAUGGAUUUGGUUAUGAUUGUGUUGGAGAUGACUAUAAGUUGAUUCGUAAAACAUCUAUUUUUCUUCAUUUUCAUACUGCUGAUCUGAUAUCUGAAAGAGAUAUGCCAUUACAUCUAGAUAAAUUGUUAGAACCUUUUUGGGAGAUUUAUAGCUUAAAAAGUAAUUCUUGGAAGAAACUUGAUCUUGAUAUGCCUAUUGCGGAUGGUUUUGGGGGGAAUCUUCAAGUAUACAUGGACGGAGCAUGUCAUUGGUUGAAUUUAAGUGUUAGGGCAUCUUUAAUAUCAUUUGACUUGAGAAAUGAGGUGUUCAUUAACACACCGAUUCCCUCAUAUGCCGGAGAGACGUUGAUUGAACUGUCGGUGUUAAAUGAGUCUAUUGCCUUAUUCACUUAUCAUCACAAUAUUGGUGCUUUUAAUAUAUCAGUUUUAGGUGACUUGGGUGUUAAGGAAUCGUGGCUUAAACUUUUCACUGUUGGGCCGUUCCCUUGCUUUGAGACGCGCCCUUCCUUUGACAUUUUCGGUGUGGGAAAGAAGGGCGAGCUAUUCAUCGAAAACAGAGACUCAUCAGAAUUAGUUUGGUAUGAUUUGAAUACCAACAGGAUUAACCGGCUUUGUUUUAGCGCAGAACAAUUUAAUCAUAGAGGUCGAAUAGUAGUUUAUAACAAAAAUAUGCUUUCAUUAGGAGCAAUAAGCAAUUAGUUGUGUUUUGUAUAAUAGCUAUUCGAAUUUAUGGUACUUACAAAAUGACUUGAAGGUUGUUGCAGA